AUGGUUUCAGAGGAAGUCCUGCUGCCAUGCGAACAUGAGACUAAUGUCUCGGGUCCUGCUGCAGCUUUGGGUCCACUUCAGUCCAUCAGAACUCUGCAGAAACUCUCGGUGCAGUCCGUCAGUCUGGAGUUAGAGAGACAAUGCUCCGCAGUUCCGCGCAACUUUCUCCAACACACUGUUCCUAAUGACCCGCGUCCAGGAGGAAAGUUUCCAGUGUACUUCCAGAAGACCCCUCUCUUUUUCUCUCAGAAAAAACAUGCUGCAAAAUCUCAUGGGAAUCUCUCCGGUAAGUUGAGUGAAUUCGGUCUGAUUGUCCCAUUCAGCACAGAUGCUCGCGGCCGGUUCGUUUCUCACGUGCUUUCCUCGAGAGCGUCACCAACCGGCCGGAAACGGGUCCCCCGCGGCGUCCCCGUUACGCCUCACACCACAGCCCUGAACACGCAACAGCUGUUCUUCAACGUCACUGUGUUUGGAAAAGAGCUGCACUUGCGCCUGAGGGCCAACAGGAGACUCGUGGCCCCUGGAGCUUUUGUUCAGUGGCAGGAGGAUUUUGAGGAACAGGCCAAAGAGCGGAUCCUGGGAGACUGCGUGUUUACCGGAGAUGUAACGGACGUGCCGAGGGCCUCGGUGGCCAUCAGUAACUGUGAUGGGCUGGCCGGCUUGAUUCGCACGGAUGAUGAAGAGUUCUUCAUCGAGCCGCUGGAGAAAGGCCAGCAGGAGGUGGAGGUCAAAGGUCGUGUCCAUGUGGUCUACCGAAGGUCGGCCAUCAAAAGGGACAAGGAUCAGAGGCGAGAUGACCUCCACAAUGAAGUCACAGAGUUUGGUAUCGCCGAGCUGCCCAACGCUCUCAGCGCACUGGAGGAGAAGCUGUCAGAGACGGAACGCAAACGCAGACACGCCAAGAAAGACGACUUCAACAUUGAGGUGCUGCUCGCGGUGGACGAUUCGGUCGUGCGCUUCCACGGCAAAGAGCACGUGCAGAACUACGUCCUGACGCUGAUGAACAUCGUUGAUGAAAUCUAUCACGAUGAGUCUCUGGGAACCAACAUCAACAUUGUGCUGGUCCGAAUGAUCCUGGUGGGAUAUCGUCAGGUGAGCGCUGGGCGGAAAUGUUUGAUUAAAUAUAUAUUUUCAGUACUGAACUGAGCCUCUCUUCAUGCU